AUGUCGGGGUCUCGUGAGCGCCUGAAGGAUGAGGGUACCCGACUCCAGGUCGUCGCCGCGGGCGCGACCUCCGGCCUGAUCUCCCGUUUCGUGGUCGCGCCCCUCGACGUCGUCAAGAUCCGCAUGCAGCUACAGCGGCACGGCGCCGGCGCCGCCGGGCCCCCCCGCGGCACCUACGCCAUGUUCCGCGAGAUCGUCGCCCGCGAGGGCGUCACCGCUCUCUGGAAGGGCAACAUCCCCGCCGAGCUCCUCUACGUCGCUUACUCCGCCGUCCAGUUCACCGCCUACCGCUCCACCACCCUCUUCCUACACCACAUCCAGGACGUCGCCAACGGCAGUGACGUGCCGUCCCGUCGCCCCCUGCCUCACGCCGUCGAGUCCUUCAUCAGCGGCGCGACCGCCGGCGCCGCCGCCACCGCCGCCACGUACCCGCUAGACCUGCUGCGCACGCGGUUCGCGGCGCAGGGCAACGAGCGCGUGUACGCGUCGCUAGUCGGGGCGGUGCGGCAGAUCGCGCGAGACGAGGGGCCGCGGGGGUUCUUCCGGGGCCUGGGGGCGGGGCUGGCGCAGAUCGUGCCGUUCAUGGGGAUCUUCUUCGCCGCAUACGAGAGCACGCGGGCGUCGUUGUCGGUGGCGCCACUGCCAGAGGCGUGGGGGGCGGCGGACGCGGCAGCGGGCGUGCUGGCAGGCGUGGCGGCCAAGACGGCCGUGUUCCCGCUCGACCUAGUCCGCAAGCGCGUGCAGGUCCAGGGCCCGACGCACGCGCGCUACGUCUACGGCCGCUACGCGCCCGCCUACGUUGGCGGCGUCGUCGCCACCAUCCGCCGCAUCCUCGCCGCCGAGGGGCCCCGCGGCCUCUACCGCGGCCUCACCAUCAGUCUCGUCAAGGCUGCCCCCGCAUCCGCCAUCACCAUGUGGACCUACGAGCGGACGCUGCGCCUCCUCAUCGACACGGGCCUGGGCGGCGACCCGAGCCUCUGGGGCAGGGCAUAG